GUUUAUGAGGAGCUGGGGGCAGAGGCGGAGAAUUAGUCCGAGCGGAGCGAGCGAGCUGAGUGGUUGUGUGGUCGUGUCUCGGAAACCCGUAGCCUUUGCAGCAUGGCUGACCAACUGACUGAAGAGCAGAUUGCAGAAUUCAAAGAAGCCUUUUCACUAUUUGACAAGGACGGUGAUGGGACUAUAACAACAAAGGAGCUGGGGACUGUGAUGAGGUCUCUUGGGCAGAACCCCACAGAAGCAGAGCUACAGGACAUGAUUAAUGAAGUAGAUGCAGAUGGUAAUGGCACAAUUGACUUCCCUGAAUUUUUGACAAUGAUGGCAAGAAAAAUGAAAGAUACAGACAGUGAAGAAGAAAUUAGAGAAGCAUUCCGCGUGUUUGAUAAGGACGGCAAUGGCUAUAUCAGUGCAGCAGAGCUUCGCCACGUGAUGACAAACCUUGGAGAGAAGCUGACAGAUGAAGAGGUUGACGAAAUGAUCAGGGAAGCAGAUAUUGAUGGUGAUGGGCAGGUAAACUAUGAAGAGUUUGUACAAAUGAUGACAGCAAAGUGAAGACAUUGUACAGAAUGUGUUAAAUUUCUUGUACAAAAUUGUUUAUUUGCCUUUUCUUUGUUUGUAACUUAUCUGUAAAAGGUUUCCCCCUACUGU